AUGCACCUCUCAACCGCUACCUUCAUCACCCUCCUCACCACAUCACUCACCUCCGCCACGCAAAUGCAAAUCAACUACUACUGGGACGUCUGCUCUUCCUAUGCCACUCAAGUUGACGUAGACUGGGCAACCAACUAUGCGUAUGGACCGGACAACUGCUACAACUUUCAGUACGCAAACUUUGCAAACAUGGCGGGCUGCUGGCAAGACGGCGGCUGCUUUUGCAAUUUCUUCGACUCGCAGAACUGUCAAGGCGGCGCGGGAUAUAGAGCCUCUAGUACCGGCAAUUGCAUUCCGGUUGGUGGUGCUCAGUCUUUUGCAUGCUACUGGGGUACGAGCUGA